AUGGACGCAAGGCCGAGCCCCUGGGAGAGGGCAUUCGCUGGCUUGUCCGAUAGCGCUAAGAAGAGUCUCGAUUUCGUUCGCGAGGGUACAGACAUCAACCCCACGGCACUCAUCCGAGUCGUAGAGAACAAAAAGGAGGAGUGCGUGAAGAAGCAAUGGGUUCUCUACACCAGCAGGUCGGGAGACAAAGUCCUAGUCCGAGGCGUCCUGAGCAAGGUGUGCGACUGGCUCGACAAGUUGAAGGAUGUGGGAGAUGCCGCGGUCCAGCUCGCCCCCGGACAUGCGCAAGUGGAAUCUUAUUCCCGUGAACUCGAGAAGAUUGCCCGGCUCUCACCAAGCCAAAAGACGAUGGCCGUGAUGAUUCUACGAUGGACACUGUUUGCCGUCCGCCCUCUCCAGGUCAAGGAACUAGCCGAGGCUCUUGUGGUGUCUGGUGAUGAUCUAGAAGAGUACCCUGAAGAUGAUCUGCCGGACUCAUGGCAGGACGGGUUCGUUGACGAAGACUACGUCAGGGAAAUGAUCCUGGGCAGAUGCGGGUCCCUGCUGCAGCUAAAAUCGAACUCGGCUGAGGUGCCCUUGGCCGACCACACAGUUCAUUUUGUCCAUUUCUCGGUCAAGGAAUACUUGUCAAACCUCUCCAGCAACGUGUCUCCCAACCAGUGGGCGGCAGACCUUGGCUUGGCGCAUGCGGCGGACGAGGAGAUCAACCUCUCCCGCAUCUGUUUGCGUAACCGCACACUGAACCAUAUGGACAACCUCACGCUCAACAUCAGUCGGCGACCCUCCCUGCUUGCCGUCACCCCCAACCCCAAUUCUAAUUUGUCCGCCUUGAGAGCGAGAAGUGCCAUCUCGGGCUCGUGGACUGGCCACUACGAGUACUUAUCCUGAUGGGAGAAACGACAGGAACCUUUCUUCGUCGACAUCCCGUCGCAACCACCUCAGGGUUCGCGGCCGUGCACAUUCGCGAGCAGCAACGAGGAUAUCGUUGGGAAAUUCCAGUUCCAUGGGUUCGUCGACCCGAUUGGUACCGUCUGGUUUGUCAAGCUAUAUCAACGUCAUGGAUGGCUCUAUCGGGGGCAAGUGGAUCCAGGAACGAAGACGUUGAGGGGGACGUGGGGGACAAAUAGGAAACUCAGGUUCGGGACGUUUAUUCUAACGCAGAAGGAAGACUGAACCAUUCUGAGGAGCACUGAUUGCUUCAACCUGUCUUGGCUUUGUUGUU